CUGGUGGCUUCGCAGCACUCGCACCACCCAAACCGAGCUUCAAGACCACCACGACGAGCAAGAAAGAAGCGCACGGGCGGCGGGGGGGCUUCUUUCUCCUUCUCCACGCUACUUCCCCCAUUGCGUGAUUCCGCCGCGUCGCGUCGCGUGUGCAUUUGCGCGGCGCCCAAUCCGUCCCCGGCGCAGGAGCCGCCCUCUCCGAUCCGGCGAAGAUCGGCCGGGCUCUGAAAAAGGGGAAGGAAAAGAAAGGUGGUAAUCGCUGUUGAUUCCAGAAAGGUGUCCCUGCACUGUGCCCUUUCUCAGCAAUCUUGUAUUCUCAUGUCUCACUCUCACGAGAUGACGAGUAGGAAACCUCCUGGUCUUCAGUUACUUGGUGGUGCCGGUUCACUAAGAACAUACCAGACACUAGUCUUGGUCCUUACAUUCUUUGCAUACACAUGCUUUCAUAUGACUCGGAAGAUCACAAGCAUCGUUAAGAGCGCUCUCGAUCCCCAGACGAAGGUUGGAUUCUCCCACUGGGGACGACUGCACAUGAGCAAGAGCAACGCUCUUAACACUGGCUGGUUGCCAUUUAACACUGUUGAUGGUUCAGCAUUACUUGGUGAGAUAGAUGUUGCGUUCCUUGCUGUAUAUUCCAUCGGGAUGUUCUUUGCUGGACAUAUUGGGGAUCGCAUGGAUUUGAGGAUCUUUCUGACAAUUGGCAUGAUUGGCACUGCCAUAUUCACAACUCUCUUUGGUGCUGGAUAUUGGCUGAAUGUCCACAGCUUCUACUAUUUCUUGGUUAUUCAGAUGCUUUCUGGCCUGUUUCAAUCAAUUGGGUGGCCUUCAGUUGUUGCGGUUGUUGGUAACUGGUUUGGGAAGAGCAAGAGGGGGUUAAUCAUGGGCAUAUGGAAUGCACACACUUCUAUUGGGAAUAUAGCUGGCUCACUGCUUGCUGCGUUCCUCCUGAAGUUUGGGUGGGGCUGGUCAUUUGCCGUCCCCAGCCUUAUCAUGGCUCUUGUUGGUUUGAUGGUGUAUAUUUUCUUGCCGGUUAAUCCUGAGGUAAUGGAGAUAGACAUUGACAGUGGUGAGUUUAAUUGUGAGAAGGACGCUGUGAAGGAGCCCCUUUUGGAACCAGGCCAAGAAGUGAAACAUCAGGCAGUGGGUUUCUUAGAGGCAUGGAGGAUUCCUGGAGUUGCGCCAUUUGCUCUUUGCCUCUUCUUCUCCAAAUUGGUUGCAUAUACCUUCCUGUAUUGGCUACCGUUCUACAUCAGCCAUACACGUAUUGGUGGUCAGUACCUCUCUGAUGCUAUGGCUGGCAGCUUAUCAACAAUCUUUGAUGUUGGUGGUGUGUUGGGAGGAGUCCUUGCCGGUCACAUCUCUGAUCGCUUAAAUGCGCGAGCAAUCACUGCUGCAAGCUUCAUGUACUGUGCGAUACCUGCCCUCUUCCUGUACCGCACAUAUGGAAGCAUGUCGAUAAUGUGGAACAUCUCCCUCAUGUUCAUCACUGGAAUGUUUGUGAAUGGGCCUUAUGCCCUGAUCACAACUGCAGUGUCAGCUGAUCUUGGCACCCACAGCUCUUUGAAUGGCAACUCCCGAGCACUGGCCACUGUGACAGCAAUAAUUGAUGGGACGGGGUCUGUCGGAGCUGCCAUCGGACCGUUGCUAACAGGAUACAUCUCAUCGAAGAGCUGGAGUGCUGUGUUCACAAUGUUGAUGGCAGCAGCUCUCCUUGCUGGGCUCCUCUUGACAAAGCUUGUAUGUGCCGAACUAAAAGGAAAAACACCUUCCAACGCGAGCAAGGAUGUCGCCGAUGCAGAAGGUACCUACUCAGAUGAAGUGUAAAUCCAAAGCUGAUUGCGCCAUGGAAGCAGUUCCAGUGAAUGCCUACUAAGAAGUUGACCGGUUGCUGCUUCCCACUGCCUUUCAUGGUGGCUAGCAGUCUGAAGACUGAAAAGGGAAAGAGAUUUGGCUGCUGAGUGACUUGCUCAAAUGCCACUUCAGAUGAUUUUUUGUGUCUGUUCAGGUAUAGAGGCGAUAGAAGGCAAAAGUGUGCGCUUUAGAUUAGUUUUCAGGUUUACUAGAUAGAGGUGAGAACCCCUCAAAGCUCUAGAGCCCAAAUAUAGGCACAUUUUAGGCACCUUGUAUUGUAAAUAUGUUGGGCAAUAAGGUCGGGCUUGUACUGGUUGCACUGCUGCUAGUUACGUAAUUGUAUGUGAUUGUUGUUAGAUCUGGGUAGAUUGAAGGGGGGAUGAACAACGACCCUUCUGUACAAAGAUUAUACCUGAAUGGCCAGCUCUGCAUUUACUUGGAAUGUUGGCCUUCUUUUGUACGUGUAAACAGUGUCAAGAAGAUUCAGAGAACUUUAAAUUGAAGCACCAGGGAAGUGUUGAUUCAAAA